AGAGCAGCAAUUGUCUCCACAAAGCAGCUGCCGCCAUGCUCUCAACAAGUCGAGGGGCAGCCUUAAGGGCGAUCAGCUCCAGCCCAUCCAUAACCAUCCCCACCUUCCUCGUCCCGGCCUUCCAAUCCUCAGCCAGAGCCUUCUCUGCGACCACCUCGACACAGUCGCAAAUCGGCAGAGCACCCCUAUCGAUUCCUUCCGAGGUCAACUUCUCUGUCAUUUACCCUACUGCGCCGAAGAAUGCGCGCCCGUCGCCGGAGCAGCUAAGGCCGACCGUCAAGGUCGAGGGCCCGCUUGGGUCGCUGUCGAUGACAAUUCCGCCGUUUGUCCAUAUCGAGCAUGAUACCGUUACGAAGAAGGCAUUUGUCACUGUCGAGGACAGGGAGGUUCGCAAGCAGAGGGAGAUGUGGGGCACCACGAGAGCUUAUCUCCAAAACCACAUCCUCGGAGUCUCAGAAGGACACAACGCCAUUCUCCGCCUGGUCGGAGUCGGUUACAGAGCCUCAGUCGGAGAUACUGCCACCACCAAGCAGCCAGAAUAUGAAGGCCAGAAGUUCGUGGCCCUGAAGGUGGGCUACUCACAUCCUAUCGAGUUGCCAGUGCCGAAGGGCAUGACGGCCAGCACACCGCAGCCAACGAGAAUAUUGCUGGAGGGCCCGGAGAAGGAAGUGGUUCUGCAGUUUGCUGCGGAAAUCCGCCAGUGGAGGAAGCCUGAGCCAUACAAGGGGAAGGGAAUUUUCGUCAACGGUGAGACGAUCAGGUUGAAGGCCAAGAAGAUCAAAUAGACGAUUCGUCCAUGUAUUAUAUUGCUCUUAUAUUGUCAUAGAAUUGGAGGGUCCCAAGCGGAUAGU